UAACAAUGAAACAUGGUUGGAGGCAGAGAAUUCGAGGUGAGUAUGAGGAAGCAAGAAGUGGUGGCCGCUGAACUGCCAUUGCAAGAGCACAGGCUACCACUCUCCAACCUCGACUUGCUUCUGCCUAAGGUCGAUGUGGGAGUGUUCUUCUGCUACAAGAACCACAACAGCCCCUCUGCAGCCGCGACAAGAGUCGGGAUUUUGAAGAAGGCCCUGGCCCAAGCCCUGGUGACAUACCAUGCCUUUUCGGGUGAGGUGGUGGCCAACUCUGUUGGGGAGCCUGAGAUUCUGUGCAACAACCGUGGGGUUGAUUUCAUUGAAGCUUUUGCAGACCUUGAGCUUAAGGAGCUCAACCUUUAUAACCCUGAUGAACAGGGACGGAGCCAGAGAUUAUAGAUGAGGGGGGCCAAUGUAAGAUGGAUGAACUCACGUGGGGGACUGGGGGUGCCAACAUUAGUAAUUGUGUGUGUAAAAACUCAAGUCAACUAGAUUACAAACAACAUUUAUAUAUGCAGCCAAAAAGUUGGGGGGUGCCAUGGCCCCUCCAGGCCCUUGAGUAGCUCCGUCCCUGCUGAUGAAUCCAUUGAAGGCAAAUUGGUUCCCAACAAGAAGCAUGGAAUUCUGGUUAUCCAGGUUUAUCCUGAUUCCUGUUAUCUCUCAUUUCAACUUUCUAAUUUUUUCUAUUUUUGAAAUGUGUAGAAUCUUGACCAAAAGUUGACCCAUUUCCUUGAGCAAAAGCAGCCUAGUAACUAAAGGCGAAAAAAGAAUGAGGAGGAGAAAGCAUCUUUAUAGGAGUAUAGUAACGCUAAAAGCCUAACUGACCAGAUUAUAUGAGGGUGUUAAUUAAUUACAAUACCACAAAAUUAAUGAUAGUGUUCAUACUGUGCUCAGUAAUAGUCUUUUGCCUGGGACUAAUUUCUGCACUAUAGUGAAGCUUUUAUGGUAUACAAAAUUAAAGAUUUCCAGGCCGGUUUAAGGUAUACUUCGGAGUUUGCUUUCGAAAAAUAAUUAAAUGGACCUAAAGCCAACUUGAUUUUGGACAUAUAUAACACAAUAUCAACGCAAACAACCCAUGAAAAGCAUGCUAAAAUUGAAGUGUCGCUAUCGCCAUUCAAAAGUUACUCAUAAUAUUGUAUUCAUCUCAAGUUCCUAUUGAAGGAAUAUCCU